UUUAAUGCCCAGAUGGUUUUUAUCAUCCCUAUAGAUGGUGCAUUAGGAAACUGUACUAUCCCACGUAUGUUUGUGGGGGUACUCCUAGGAAAGAAGUACAUCAGUAGUCCUGGUGAAAUUGCCGAAAGUCUUAACAAAGAAGAAAGGAUUUUCCCCAGGCUAAUUUGUGCCUAUGCAUCUGAGAUGGUCCCCUCUGAUGGGCUCUUCCUGUAGGAUGCUGGAGAAUCAAGAACAGGAGGAACUAAUUACCGUACGAGUCCAGGAUCCUCGAGUACAGAAUGAAGGUUCCUGGAAUUCUUAUGUGGACUACAAGAUAUUCCUCCAUACCAACAGCAAGGCCUUUACUGCCAAGACAUCUUGUGUGCGUCGCCGCUAUCGGGAGUUUGUUUGGCUGAGAAAGCAGCUCCAGAGAAAUGCUGGCUUAGUGCCUGUACCUGAGCUCCCUGGAAAGUCCACCUUUUUUGGUAACUCAGAUGAAUUUAUUGAGAAGCGGCGACAAGGUCUUCAGCACUUCCUGGAGAAGGUCCUACAGAACGUGGUCCUCCUGUCCGACAGCCAGCUACACCUCUUCCUGCAGAGUCAGCUAUCAGUCCCCGAGAUCGAAGCCUGUGUCCAGGGUCGGAGCCCCAUGACUGUAGCUGAUGCCAUUCUCCACUAUGCCAUGUCCAACUGUGGCUGGGUCCAGGAAGAGAGCAUGGGUUCUCCUCAGCUGGCAAUGGGAGGCCACCGUAAGAGUUGCUGUUUUAUCCGAAGACCUGGUGGUCAGGCCUCUUUGUCACCUCUCCAGAACGAAGAAAAGGACCACUUGGCAGCAUGGGCUCCUGUGGCUGAUACUACAGCUCCUCACUUGGAAAGUUCCUCUCUUCCUCUUCCAACUUCAUCUUCAAGCUGGGACUUUGUCCAGUCUGAUGAAAGGACCAGUGCCCCCCAGGCCUGGAAGAGAGUGGAAGAAGACCACCCAGUUCACCCAUCUUAUGACAUGGACUCAGAAUCUGGCCAGUUGGAAAUGGUCUGAGAAGUGGUGAUUGCUUUGGUCUGAGAUCAGCUGUGAAGGGAGCAGGCCAGAGGGGGCCAGCCCAGGUGGGUGGGGUAGGAUGAUCAGCAAUGUCUAGGGUGGUCGGCCUUCUGGGCAGCCUUAUCCUCACAUGGUGAUGGUGGCAGCAGCUUGCAGCCCUCCUCUCUCACUUAGUUGUUCUUCACCUGGUGCUGGGUGGACAGGAAGCUGGCAGUGCUCUGCACAAAUUGGAAAGCUUAGGGUCUGUUUUGUCUUACAGCUCUCUCCUCUUGACUCUCCUGGGAGCAGAGUUUCUUCUGAUGAUUUGUUUAUGAGAGUAGGAACACCCUCUUGUAAUACACUAGCUUUGGGAGGUCUGGGUGUGGUUGGGGACCUAGGGGUAAGAAGGUGCUAGCUUUUGCUUCCUGCAUUGUCCCAGUGGCCACUCUGAGCCAGCUGGCAUUGCCUAGCUUUAGAAGUGGAUUCGUGUUUAGAUUGGUGCCCGUUUUUGCUCCAGCCCCAGCAGCUAUUUGUUUGGGGAAGUUGGCCUUCUCCCUCUCUCCCUGCCCCUACAAUUUGUUGGAUAGUUCUCUUCCUGUCCCCUUGUCCUUCCUGCUCUUUCCUCUCUGUGGCUGGGGCAGCAGUAGCCCCCUUUGCAGCUGGAGUUUGCUACAGCCCGAGGCUGCUGCCAUAAUGCUCGAGGGUGGAUGAAGGCUGUGGCGGUGGCAGUGGCAGUAGCAGCAGCUUGGUUGUCCAGCACAAAGAGGGGGCUUGAUUUCAGCUAGAAGGGCAGCAAACAGUUGCUGUGCCGGGAGCUGAUGGGUUGGUUUGGGGGCGGCAGCCUUGGGCUGAGGCUUCCACUUCAGGCUGGACUUGAAGAAGUGCGACUUUUGACCUGCCGGCUUCGUUGCACAUGAUAUUCCCCAUAUCUCACAAUAUUUUUCUUGCUGCACAGUCUCUCUGUCUCUAUCUCUGUGUUAAAAUGAGACAGCCUGUUCAAUUCACCAGGGCCAGGGGACUGUGCUUGUUGAUGAGAGCUUUGUUUUUUCCCUGUAAGCAAAGGGCUGUAGGGAAGAGGAACAGGAUGCCUUUAGACAAUGAGGCAUUCUGGCCUCCUGCUGCCUCUCCACUGAGAGCUGGGGCUGGUGGGGGCUGUGCUGCUGGAGUUCAGCGUGGCUCCGCUCUUCCCAUGGCUGUGUGUCUGCUCAUUCCCUUCUCCUUCCCCUCCUCUGGUCAUCACACUUCAUCUGUGUACUCUUUUACUGCCAGUGGACACUGUGGGACUGUCAUGGCAUUUAGCUCAGAGUGGAGGUGCUCUGGCCUGAAAUAAAAUUCAAGUAUUUAA